ACAAUGAAUUAAAGCUCUCGACACAAACUCAACCAAUACUAUAUCAUCCAAUAUAUAUACCUGGACCUCAUGAUCAAACUCUCCAACCUAACCUAGAGAUGAGAUAUAUGACAACACUAUCUCUGGAUUACAUCGUUGCACUUGGAGACAACUCAUGUUUACCCUUGGUUGCUCUUGCAAAGAAGAUCACAUUUCUUAUAAUACUCACAUUUUAUUAUAUUGUCAUUUGCACCGGAUGUCGAUAG